UCUAUAUAUACACAUAGUAUUUUGCUUAAUUUGGGACAUAAAUCUCGAAAGAAAGAUUAAUAUAGAAAUCCCAACGGUAAUAAUACAACGUGAACUCCGUGUUGGUCCAAACUUAAAAGACACUGCUUCCGAAUCUAGCUUUGCUUCGGAUCCCGAACCUAAAAAAACCACAUGACCGUUACACCGAUCCUAAUUUAAAUACAAACAUCAUCACUCUCCCCCAAAUCUCUCAUCAUCAUCUCUCUCUCUCUCUCUCUCUGUUUCUUCAAUGGCGACGAAACUCAUACUCAAGAAAGCGACGAAAUCAAUCAACCGUAGCCAACGUAACUACCUUCGCCGUCACCGGAAAUCUCAGAUCGGAGGAUGUUCACCUUCGCCAACGGCAACAACCGUCAUCGCCACCAUCAACAAAUCUAUCUACAGAUGUCACCGAAGCUUCCUCUGUUUAUUCUCUCGCCACGGAGCCAAAGGAUUCAAAAUUCUCAAACCACGCAAAGACGUAGACGAUCUUCAUCAAAACUCUCCGCCGGCGCCGUACUCUCUGUUUCAAGAAAGAUCCGGCAAAACCUUCGACGAGACUAAGAAGACGAUCGUGUUGGAUCUAGACGAGACGCUCGUCCACUCGUCCAUGGAGAAACCAGAUGUACCGUACGAUUUCGUCAUCAAUCCUAAAAUCGACGGUCAGAUGUUAACGUUUUACGUGAUCAAACGGCCAGGAGUAGACGAGUUCUUGAAGAAGAUCGGAGAACAGUACCAGAUCGUCGUUUUCACGGCGGGGCUGAGAGAGUACGCGUCGCUGGUUCUCGAUAAACUCGAUCCCGAGCGUGGGGUGAUCUCUAGAAGCUUCUACAGAGACGCGUGCAGCGAAAUCGACGGGAGGCUAGUGAAAGAUUUAGGGUUUGUGAUGAGAGAUAUGAGGCGCGUGGUGAUCGUUGACGAUAACCCGAACUCUUACGCGCUACAGCCCGAGAACGCAUUCCCGAUCAAACCGUUUUCGGAUGAUUUGGGAGACGCUGAGUUGGGGAAACUUGGCGAGUUUUUGAAUGGUGAUUAUUGUGUUAAGGUUGAAGAUAUGAGAGUUGCUUUGAAGGAGUUUGUUGGAAGAGAUGAAUGAUUUUGAUUUUAGUUUUGUUUUGUAUUGUUAAGAGAGGAUUUGAUUUAGAAGACAAUGAACAAUAACUUUGUUUGUUCGAUUUUGUCUCAAGUGUGGACAUCCUCAAUUUGUUGAUUAGUGUUUUUGUCUGUUGUUUGCAUUAAA